AUGUCCACUCCAGAGCAAAGCUCACCGAGAUCACCCUUGCGAGCCGCAACAAGGCCUACACGGGUGCUGGCGUGCGUCCUUUGUCAACAACGCAAGGUCAGGUGUGACCGUGGGUUUCCCUGCGGGAAUUGUAAGCGGGCCCAAGCACAGUGUGUGCCUGCUACACAAGUCCGGCGACGCCGCAGGUUUCCCGAGCGAGAGCUGCUGGAACGUCUUCGGAGAUAUGAAGAUCUGCUGCGCCAGAACGAUAUACAGUUUAAGCCCUUGCACACUUCUGUUGUAGAGAAGGCAUCUUCCAACAGGAAUAAUAGAAGUUCUGAUACAGCUAGUGGUGAGAUUCUGGAGCAAAGUUUGGGGGAAAAGGGGACCCCGGGAUCAGGGACAAAAUACGAGGCCAAGAACUUCUGGCGGGUUAUGAAUGAAAUGUCUGUUGACGCCGAAGCGGAUGAUACUAAUGACAGCGACGAGAGUAACGAGCACAACAAAUCUCGCAACGGCGUCCGUGAGGCCUUCUUCAGACAGACUUGGGAAGAAGUGUACGAUGGCGGCAGUCAAACUCUCCUGUUUGGUUCGCGCAGGUUUGAUGUCAAAGUUUCAACAUUGCACCCGAAGCAGGUCGAGAUCUUCCGACUCUGGCAGAUCUAUCUGGACAAUGUCAAUCCGCUGCUCAAAAUCACCCAUACUCCUACCUUGCAAGCACGGAUCAUCGAUGCGGCCGCUGACGUGGCUAAGAUAACACCGACUCUCGAAGCACUCAUGUUCAGCAUCUAUUGCGUCGCUAUUCUCAGUCUGUCAGACGACGAGUGCCGGACCCUGUUUGGAUCUUCAAGGGACGAUCUUCUGAAGGGCUACCACUUUGCUUGUCAACAAGCCCUCUUGAACUGCGAGGUGCUACGUACAGGUGACCGUGACUGCUUGACGGCCCUGUACCUCUACCUGAUUUCGGUCCGACCCGACACGGAUCCUCGCUCUCUGUCACCUAUCCUGAGCGUCGCCAUCCGUAUCGCACUACGCAUGGGUAUCCACACCGAGUCUAGCUAUACCAGAUGCACCACUCUAGAAGGUGAAAUGCGCCGUAGACUGUGGUGGUCGCUGGUCAUGUUCGACAAUCGCAUUUGCGAGAUGUCCGACCACAAGGCCACGAAUCUGCUUCCCACUUGGGACUGCAGAAUUCCACUCAAUGUGAAUGAUUUUGACCUGCGACCAGAGAUGACGACCGGACCAGCCAUGCAUGGCAAUCCGUCCGAGGCCCUGUUCGCCGUCGUGCGUAGCGAGCUGGGCAAUUUUGUGCGCCGCAGCGCGUUUCAUCUAGAUUUUACCAACCCGGCAUUGAAAAUCGUGGCCAAGGAAGACCCUCUUCCCGCGGGAGGCGAUCUGUCUGCCUGCGAAAGGAUGAUUGAAGGCAAAUAUUUUGCCUCCUGUAACCCAGAGAACCCUCUUCAUUUCAUGACAAUUUGGACAACGCGGGGUUAUCUGGCGAAGAAUCGUCUUCUGGAACAUUAUUCCCGAUAUUCGUCCGUACCGCAGACAGACAUAGCGCGCGACAGGGUGAUCUCCCACGCCCAGUGCAUGCUCGAGUGUGAUACCAAGCUUAUGAACUCGCCUCUGACCAAAGGCUACCAGUGGUUCCUUCAUCUCCACUUCCCCUUCCCCGCGUACUUUCACAUCGCCCAAGACCUGAAGAAGAGACCUAUGGCAGGGCACGCUGAACGAAGUUGGACAGUCAUGAGCGAUAACUACGACGCUCGCUUUGGAGCCAUGGAGAAAAUGAACCCAUUUUUUGAAUUUCUUGCCCGGAUGCUUUUACAGGCUUGGGAGGCCCGCGUGGCAGUACUCAGAGAUCUUGACAAGCCGCUGGAGCCACCACACAUUGUGUCGGAUAUUAGAUCCAAAAUGAGUCAGGCGACAUCACCCAGUCAGACAGACAAUGCCGAGCAGUCCACCAGUGCCUUGACGGCGAAUAUGAACGACAGUUCGAUGCCCACCUUCAUGGACUUUGGUGGUUAUGGCGUCCCGUACGGCCUGGAAGAACCAGGCUUCCUAAAUACAGGCUAUCCGGGCACACAUGGGCAUCCUGCCAUGGAUCUUGACUUGGACCAGUCCGAUUGGACCACGGUGGACUGGUAUCCGUUGCAAGGGCGAGGCUGGUGA